AUUGCAGGUUUGAGAAGAACUGAUGUUGGAGUCCCAAAUCAGCAAUCAAUCGGCCAGCAACCAUCAUACCCCAGUCAAUCGGCCGUUUUUGUAGAGCAAAAAGGUUGUUCUUGGGGUUAUACUAACCGCCUAGUCGCCUGCUCGAGUACGCAAGGUGGACAGUGGUUUCAAAACGGCCCCAAUGCUGUAGCAGGUGGACCGCAUUGCACUCAAUGUUCCGGAUGUCCGGUUGUUGUUCCACGUAGUUCUAGUCAUCCCGGAAACUCUGUACCGGUGCCUCAACCUUCAAGCAACCAAAGAAAACCAAGACCAGUCAGCCAACCAAUUGGUUUGUUGAUUCCCAACGGAGACAGUGGUCAUUCUAGACAAUUACCACUUCCGGAAAUAUCAGAGUUUUCACCGCAAGGAACUCAAUAUGCUUCAAGCAGUGUUUUGGAUGAAGUUAGUACCAAAGAUGAAGAAUGCCAAAUUGGUGGUGGUUCGACAACAUUAAAAACACGCAGUUUGCCUGCUUGGGUUCGUUCGAAACCGCGUCCAUUAUCAACGGAAGACGAUCUAACCGAUUUAUACGCAAAAGUGAAUUUUAGCAAAAAACGAAAGAAUCGUAUGCGAAACGAUGAGGCGGCGAUAAUCGCAUUAAGUAAGUCGCGAAGUCAAUUUUUACACAAAGAUACCGAUUCUUUGGUUGACAACGAAGCCGUUAUCGUUUACGACGAACGAACGGCGCUUUAAAUACGAUUUAAUAUAAAAAGAAUAAUACGUUUUAAUGAAAUAUUAAAAUAUAAGAAUUAAAAAUCAAGAUGUAAUAAAGAAACUGUAUAUUUUUUGGCUGUUUUAAAUCAUCGAUUGAAAACAUAUCGACGGCACCCAAAAAAGACUUUGAUGAGACAAAUAAUUUUGGGCAUUUUUUUGUUUGGGUGUUUUCAUAAAGUAAGCACAAAAAUGAAAAUGAUGAAAUUAAAAAAAUGUGGCCUAAAAGAAUAUUAUUUAGAUUUUUAAAAAAUAAGCUUAAGGUGUGUGUAUUCUUGUCUUGCACCCCUGCAAUUUUGAAAGCUUUUGUUAUUGAAUUUAAACGUUUUUGAUAGCGCAAUAUUUUCCUAAAAUAGCUAGUUGUUAUUCUGUGAUAAUUAUUUAAGAUUUUUUAUUCUGAAAUUGUUACGAUUAAAGACUGGAUUUAUAAGUAAAUUGAAAUAAUCUCCUUUAUAAUCAUAUGAACAUGAAUUUAUAAAUAUUAUGAUGCAGUUAUUAAUGCGUAUAUACCACUGUUUAGAGUGUUAUAAUAAACGUUUUUUAGGCAAUUUUAUAUAAAUAAAAAAGGAAAUAGAUUGAAUUCUUAAAAAUUUUACGGUAAUUAUAGAUUAAUGUUUUUACUGUAUCAAGAAAAGUAGAUCUAUUUUAAUUUCGAUUUAAAUUUGUUAAGCAUCUUAAAUUUUUUUAUGUGCUAGGUGAUAUUAAAACUUUUUUAUCUAAAAAUACUUUCUAAAUUAUUUUUGAGUUUUAGAAUUUUGUCCAGUAAUAAUAGUGUAAUUAAAAUAAAGAAUGUUAGAAUUCCCAAAA